AGUUGUUCCUCAGGUCGGCUGUAAACAUUCGUCUUCUACCUUAGACCAACAAACACAGCCUCCCCAGCAUGUCGCCUCACGGGUAAAGAAGAGAUACUAUGCAGGACAGCGGAUACAAAACGCUUUUCUCCAAAUAUUCCGGAUUUGUGGAGGAUUUUGAGUCGCCUACAGGAUAAAGAGAGAGUGACGCUUCCGCGGAGGGAUAAAGAGCAACGAGAUGGGAAAUAUGAUACUGAUGGCGCUUCUGCUGGCUCACCUGCCAACGGAGCUGCUGUCCAUCCAGGUGAUUGUUCCAGAGACGGAGAGGAGCACGACUCUGUUUGCCUCUGUGAUCCUUCGCUGUGAUUACACUACUUCAGCAAACGUUCAGGAUGUGCUGGUCACCUGGAGGUUCAAGUCCUUCUGCAAAGACCCGGUGCUGGAGUUCUACUCCACAGCCUAUCAGGCCUCUCUGCAGCUGGGUCAGGACCCCUCCAAUGACUGCCCGGACCGCCAGCGUACAGUCCGCACUGUGAUCCAGAAGAGGGGCACCAAUGAGCCCAUUCUGGGUGCAGAAUACAGAAUACGCAAAAUAACCAUUCAGAACAAGGCUGACCUGGUCAUCAAUGAGGUGAUGUGGUGGGAUAACGGCGUGUAUUUCUGCAGCAUCGACGCUGCCGGUGACACGUCGGGCGACUCGGAUCGUGAAAUCAAACUUAUCGUAUACCACUGGCUGACUGUCCUGUUAAUCAUCAUCGGUGCUCUCCUGCUCAUCAUGCUCCUCUGCAUAUGUUGCUGCCAGUGCUGCCCGCAGAAGUGCUGCUGCUACGUCCGCUGCCCGUGUUGUCCACAGACAUGCUGCUGCCCGGAGAAAGCUGUGAUGCAGCACAGGAUGAUGAAAGACGCUCAGAAGGCUAUGUCUCCUUGGAUGAACGGUCAACCCAUUUACGCUCCCAUUAGCUCCAACGCCUCCUCUCAGGGCGUUCCCAUACUGUACUCAGGCUCGUACUCGGACUACCCCACCAAACAAAACUUUGCCAUGGCUCCCAUGCAGCUGUCACCCAUGGCCCUGCAGCAUCAGCAUCAGCAUCAGCCUCAGUAUCAGUAUCAGCCUCCUCCUCAUCCACACCAUGUGAGCGGCAAUGUGCAUGGCAGCAACCGUGGCACUGGCCAGGUCUUGGACUACCUGGAAAACCAGGUGAUGGGGCUGGAUGUGGGAGCACAUCAAAUGCUUCCACACGCUCACCAAAAUAUGCACCCAUUACAGCCUCAACUACAACCUCAGCUGGCUCCUCAAGCUGUUCCCUACACACCAGGGCCCCCGAGUAUGUUGUCGGCCCUGGAUGAGAUGGGGGUAAGAGGGAUGGAGAGAAGGGUGAUCACCCUGCCUCCUAUAAUCCAGCGUGUACCCAGCUUUUCCUCACGCAGGGGGCCUGGCGGUGGAGACGGAGCCAGAGCUGGUCCCAGAAUAUCCAGCCAGUCCAGUGGGAGUACAAAUCACUCCGGAGGAGCCCCCCGCGACAGUCGUGGCUACAGGGACGUCUCUCCUUCCAGACGAGGGAUCCUGCGUGAUAACAGCGACAGCUCCGGAUGGGAGAACAGGCGAGCAGCAGCGCCACACAGGAGUUCGAGGAACGAGAGAGGAAGCUCGUCCAGGAGGAGAGGAGGUGGAUCCAGACCGCGCACUCGUAGUCGGGACGACCUGAUGGGGGAGCUAACCAGCAGAGCAGCUCGGAGGGAGAGGAGCUAUUCACCUCCUCAGCACCGCAAAGGAUCCUGGAGCUCAGAUGAGGAGGACAGCAGUGGAAGGAAAGGAGGUAAGGGGAAGGAUUGGCCAGAGAAGCCCCCCAGCUACUUCUCCAUUGAGACCCAGCCUGGACGUGGAAACGGUCAGAGGAACUACGACCGCCUUUCUGAUAGAAGUUCCCGUAGCGGCACCAGCGUAGUCAUCUGAAACAUUUCUAUUUUUUUUUUUCUUACUUGUUCCUGAAUGUUUCCAGAACGGUGAAAAUGAAGACAAACAGAAGGUACUCUCAUCAGUUCAAUCAGCCUGCAAGAAUAUAGUUGCAAAAUAGUGCAAAAUGUAAUAGUGAGUCCUGAAUAUGUACUGGAUGAAUAUACUUUUACUCUGAAUGUACUGUAUGUAAGUGUAUUGAAAACUAUAAUUUAUGCAUGAAGAAAAGCUGUCCAGUUGAGCCUUUGAAUUGCAGAUGUUAUUAAACCCAUGUGUGAUUAUUGAUCUAGCUGUUUCAAACGGUGUAAUUUGUGUCUGGUGAUGGAUCUUUUCCUUGUGUUUUUUUUAAAGUAAAUGUUCAACAGUUUCAACAAGCAGACUGUUGGAUACUGUGAGAUCUAAUGGGUUAUUUAGGUUCAUCAUUGUGAACAUGUAAUGUGUGAGACAGAUACAGUGUGUAUUUGUUUUUUUUUAUCAUUUUAAUUUUUCGCAUAAUUUCUUGUACCAUUCAAAGUGUCUUUUUUUUACCUUUCACCCCUGAUAACAUUAUAAGGCAGUAAUUAAACGGGUGUUGUAUGAAGAUGUUUGUAGAUGGACAGAGUUGGUGGACUUACUGAACCUAUUGAAUGAUCAACACCAACGUAUAAUUGUGAUUUCGAUUUUGAUUAAUGUUUGCUUUUUUACAAACAUGAAUAGAGAUGUAUCACGAUGUGUAUGUUUUAAAUAAACCUUUUUACAUACAGCUAGUGUGAAGGGGGUCAUUUAUAUAUUUUUUAUACAUUAUAUAGAUUGAUCAUUCGAUCUGUUGGUCCCAACUGAACCGAAAUGAUCCUUUUAAAUCAAAAGGCUGUUCCUAAAGAUGGACCAUCUGGGCAAAGCGUGCAAUUUCUAAAUUUAUAAAACUUAUAAAAACAGAACAAUUUUUGCUUUUACUUUGCUCACAUGGUGCAUAAUCCUAAAUAAAGUUGCAUUUACAUCAGAUUAAUACAAACGCAUUGACACAGGGAAACACAUAGAAGGAAUUAACUCAACUGAAAUCAUAUGGGGAAAACUAUUACAAAUUGUGUGUACAUAAAAUCCAAGACUUUAAAUUGGUAAUCUAACUUGAUUGAGAACAUUGUGCUCUGAUCAAAAAGUUUGAAUUGGUUUUGGCUCGAAGGAUGUGUAUAUAAAAAUGUAUGUUUAGAUUUAGAUUCAUUUUUUUCUGUACAGCAGUUAUGCUAACUGUAGCCUAUAUUCAAAUAGUGACAAUGCGCUUGUUUUUUUAUGUAUGGUGAACAUGUGGGUUAAUAGUCUUUGUUUUUUGUUUGGGUUGUGUGUUGUAUGCCAGUGGUUCUCAAACUUUGUUCAAUGAUGUACCCCCUUUAAAUACAACGUAACUGAACAAAAGUUGCGAAACUUGACGAUUUGAAAUGAGGUAUAUUUGAUAUUGAAUGUGGUUUAUCCAGAUUACAUUUACAUUAUCACUU